AGAUCUGGGUUUGAUCAAACCCAAAUCUGGGUUCUAUGGCAUGUCCACUCCGGCCAAGUACUUGAACAUCCUCCUUUCCUCCUUUCCUCCUUUCCUCCUCCCUGCUCAUCCUUCUUCUUUCUUCUUCUUAUUCUUUCUUUCUCUAUCUUCUCCCUUCUUCUUCCUCUCUCGAACCCAGAUCUGGGUUUUUCUCAGUCGGAAUCAAUGCCUUCUGCGGUAGUGAAUCAGUGGCAGGAAAAAGCUAAUGGUUUCUUUUAAUCGCGAAUUUUCUUGAUCUAGAGGGGCAUAGUGAAAUCUUGUCCUGAAAUUUUGAGUGCUGGCUUGAAUUCAUGUGUUUAGAUCAAAAUCUGGUUUCGAUGAACGUCAAUUUCAUGGGUAGCGGCCACGUCUUGGUUGAAGAAAAUGUAAGUUUUAGCUAUGAGAACAUAGAAGAGAGGCAAGGUAGGAACGGUUUCAAAAGGAGUUCGAGUUCAGAGAAUUUGCAAGGGGAAGAUAGUGAGGAAGUGAAUGUUGGGGCUGAAAGCGGGUACCUUGGGAGCUUGCCAAACCGUUUCUUAUCAGAAAUGUAUCACAUUUGGCAAACAAGACGAGCCUUAACAGUGAUAAAUCCUGGCAGAAACAGAAGAGGAAGGAGAAGGAGCGACAGCCAAGGAGGAAGUGGGAGCCUGAGCAUUUUCUGAAGAUCGUUGAUUGCUCUCCCACCCCAGAAAGACCCUUGUAGGGUCUAUGGAAGGUGUUUUGAAACCCUCAAUCUACAUUAUGCUUGUCCAUUAAAGUUUUGAUUUUUUUUUUCAGUGUUCUGUGAUGCAUUGUAUCUGUCAUUAGCCAUUCUUGACUAUUUUAACACUAUUUUUCCUCUUUGAUAUGCCACUUUUAAUUUGUUAA